GCAUGGAAGAGCAGGGACUGGUUUGAACCUGAUUUCAGGGUUUGGAAAACAGGGCAGACAAAAGAAGAAGUAAUACUGCUUACUGAUGCAAUAUCUCAAGUAUUCCCUACUGCAGCCAAGAUCUUACUCUGUGCUGCUCAUGACGGUGAUCUCGAACAACUCAAAAAAUUUGCAGCAGUACUGGAUCAUUUAAUUGGAGAUGGAAUACCAGCCACAGUUAAGUACUUGAUUGAAGAUAUGAAAGUUGAAAUUGAUGUUAAAGAUGGAGCAGGUCAAACUCCCCUAUCCCAUGCAUUUGCAGAAGGGCGUUUGGCCGCUGUGGAAUAUCUUCUUGAAAUGGGUGCCAAUCCUGAAAUACUUGAUGAUUCAAAUACUAGUCCUCUGCAUUACGUCACAAUGAGUGGACAUAAACAUUUCAUACCCUUGUUACUUUCAAAAGGUAUUAAUGUGGAUGUAAUCAAUAAUUUCGGCUCACCACUACAAUAUGCUGCGACUGCUGGCGAUCACGAUGCUGUGAAAGUUCUUAUGGAUCAUGGUGCCAACCCUAAUUUGGUAUUCCAUGAUACAUUUAGUCCACUUCUGGCAUCUAUCGGUUCCCUAUCUUGGCGAUGCAUGGAGCAAUUACUGAAGGCCGGAGCUGAUCCAAAUGGGGGACCAGAAGGAAUAAAAGCUUUACCACUUGCAGCUCAAGUAGGGGAAGCACAAAUCAUUAAGCUACUGGUUGAGGCUGGUGCAGAUCCAAAGUUACAAAUAUACACGGACUAAAGCCAGUAGAAAUUGCAGCUGUUCACGGUAAUCUGCAAGGGGCUGAGAUUCUUUUCCCAGUGACUUCUCUUAUUCCUUCAUAUGUUGACUGGAGCGUCAAUGGAAUAAUGAAGCAUGUAAAUUCUACGGAGUUUGAGAAUAAGAUGAUUCAUAAAGCAGAGGAAAAAUUUCUUGAGGCAAAAUCAAGGGGAACAAGUGCAUUCCAGAGGAAGGAGUAUUGGCAGGCAGUAUAUUGGUACACAGAGGCUCUCGAAAUCAAACCUGGUGAUGCAGCUGUCCUAUCCAACAGGAGUUUAUGCUAUGUGUAUUUAAAUAAGGGAGAUCCUGCUUUCGAAGAUGCUAGUCAAUGCGUGUUGGCAAGACCAGACUGGCCUAAGGCGUAUUAUAGGGCAGAGGCUUGACGAUGCAGCAGAUGCCUUUUCCAAUGGUUUGAAACUGGAUCCUGAAAAUAGAGAGCUUCAAGAUGCAUUCAGGGAGGUUUCAUUAAAAAGGUAGAAGGCCAUCAAUGUCCCUCUCUAGAUUGAAAAGCGGACGAUAGAUAUAUAUGUGCAGAUAUUGUGAUGCAAUUUUUUUGCGGGGAAGUUUUUGGUCAGCUAAUGUAAAAAGUUAGAAACUUGAUGACAGUCCGUGUCUUGAACGUUGUAAGUUGUAAUAGCAGCUCAUGAAGUCCUUUUUGUAAAAAAUCAAGUCUUGACUAGUCUGCAACGUCGGUAGUCUCCCAACGUUUGGCAAUGGCCGACUAAUUAUGUAUGCCAGCUUAUUGCAUCUAUGCUUAAUUCUGUGAUGACAAUUUGUUUUUAACUUUUUAAAAUUAAAAAAAGUUUGUUCA